AUAAAAGAGAUGGAAUAUAGAAAAUGAAAAUAACACAUUUCCUUUGGCGGGAAAAAUCAAAUCUAGCGUGAUCUCGUAUCUUACUCUUUGAAUUUGGGAGUGACCGAGAAGUGAGAAUGGAAGAUACUCGAAGCGACACCGUCUUCGAUUCCCUCAAUCUCAAUCCUCAGCUUUUCAUUAAUGAAGUUCUCAAUACCGUCGACGAUUUGGUUGACGACGCUUUCAAUUACUUCCACCAACAGGCUUCAUCCAAUCUGAAAACUGAUGGCCCCGAUAGGUCACUAGAUCUAACCAAGGGUGUUGCUGUGAUUCACAAAAUGAUAAUAUCGGUUUUGGAUAAGCGUCUCGCUAUGUGGGAGCAGUACUGUCUUAAUCACUGUUUCGAAGUUCCUGAGGGAUUUUCUUUACCGAAAACUGGUGAACCAACCAGCAAUAAUUCAAUCUGUCAAGAUGCACUGUCAAAUCCAGAUUUGGAUGCUCGGUUGGAUUCCUUAAGGAACAAGCUUUCUCUGGUUGGUAAGGAAUCUGCUGCACUGAACCGAGAGCUCAGAGCUUUAGAACAGCAAUCUGUUCCUAGUAGUCAUUUUGCUGGGCUUAUCAACGAGGCACUGCAUGUCUAUGAGGAGAACUCUUUCGAUGGACUGUUUCAGGAGAUGGCAAAAACAGUAUCGGAACUUAAAGCAAAAAUGGCAAAGCUGAAGACAAACAGAAUGGAAGAAACUGAACACAAGAAAACAGAGAGGCUUUUUACCCUGAGUAGAGAUGCAUCCACAUUUGAUCAUUGCAGUGGCUUUACUGGUUCGAAAUUGGAAGACCUUCAAGACUUUUUGGUGCAAAUGAAAAAGAUGUGAAAUGGUAUUUCUUAGCAUUGCAUUGCAGUACAGUAAGUGAUGUUCCUCCUGACUGGUAAUUAGUUAGAUCUCUUGUUGAAUUGGACUUAAUUGUGGUUUGAGUUGAAUGAUUACACAUGGCUUUUUGAUGUAUGUAACUGUAAGAGUUCUGCCAUAGAAAGCGAUACAUUUGUCGAUACAAUAUGUUCAAAAUUAGUAUAAAUAGAAUCUAUCAUUUCUUCUUCA